UGGAAACACUGACCCAAAAGUCUCCAUUAUCAUCAAUUCCAGGAGGCCACAGUUUAUGGAUGGCCAGUAAAAUGGACCUACUCUUUUAACGUCUUCCCUUCAAAAUUCCACACGCCCUCGGUCUCAUUUUCACACGCUAUGAUCUUAUGUAUGAUUCUGCUUCCCCUGUUUCCUUUGUUUCUCUGAAAUGGAUCUUGAUCCUGAUCCUGCUCGUAUAAAAAUAGGACUUCUACCAAACAACUUGAAUGCCUUUUGUGCAGCAGAUUGUGAUUCUCAUAAUAUUGAUGGCAAGUGUAACGGUGCUUGCUUCCAAAUCUGUCCUAAUAUAUGUAAAACCUUUGGUCUUAAUGGAAUUCCAUUUCCUCUUUUCCCCAGAUCACAACCACCUCCACAACCACCAGUAACUCUAAAUCUGCCAACUCCAGUCGAUGAAGCGCAAAAGCAUCUAAUCGCAACUGCUAUGAUAAUCAUGGGUUGUUUGAUUGGUGGUAUAUUUAUUGUUUGCAUCUUGUGCGCAAUUUUAAGAGCUCGCUCCUCUAGGCAGAGACGUUCAAGAAGCUCACGAAGUGGUCCACCUCUAUUUUUUGGCACCCAAGCGGACUUUCUUGAUGAAGACCAAGGACCAGAAAUCAACCACCCUACAUGGUUCAUCAGAACUGUCGGUCUUCAGCAAUCUGUUAUUGAUUCCAUUUCAGUCUUUAAGUAUAAAAAAGAUGAAGGGCUGAUAGAAGGUACAGAAUGCUCUGUUUGCUUGAAUGAGUUUCAAGAAGAUGAGAGUCUUAGGCUUUUGCCAAAGUGUAGUCAUGCUUUUCACAUUCCUUGUAUUGACGCUUGGUUAAGGUCACACAAGAAUUGCCCUUUAUGUCGUGCCCCUAUAGUAUGCGACAAGUUUGAGGUUCAGAUUGAUUUAUCAGUGCCUAAUUCAAGUGAUCUGAAUUCAAGGGGAGAAACCCAGAUAGAGAGUUCUGAGAAUAACAGUGGAUUGUUAAGCAAUCAGCUAGGAGAAGAUGGAACUAGUGAAGUGAGAAAUGGAGAUGAUAUGAAUUAUGCUUUACCAACUGAAGAUGAAGCAAAUUCAGGAAACUCAAAGAUGGGUCUGAAUCUCUCUGUUUUGAGGAAUCAUUCUCGGGUAAAAAGUGAUUUGGUUGACCGUUUACGGACAGUAGAGACAGAAAUGCAACCUAUGGGAUGGUCUGUGUCAACGGAUUCCUCUGCUGAUGUAGCAAUUUACAAUGAUGAGGCUAAUGUUUUUCCUGGUAAACAUGAAGAGAACUUGGAUGUUCAAAUAUUGGAACUGAAGUAUUCUAAAUUGAAAAAUGUUUCAAAGCGUGGAAGUAGUGGGAAUUUAAGCUUUGGGAAACUGGCGAAAAGUUCUUCAAUAGGGCAUGCAUUGCAAAAGGGACCUAUUUCAAUGAAAAGGUCCUUUUCAUCUAGUGGGAAGUCGUCAUCAUGCAGACAUAGCAGAAGCCAGGAUUCUAUCCUUCCGUUGUGAGCAUAAAGCUUUCUUUCCUUUGCAGUGAUGCCUCAUGCUUCAGGUUAGUUAACUGUAGAAUCAAGAAGUACAAACAUUCUCAAGGAUGAGCCAUUGAGCCUAUAUAUAAAUAUAUACUUAUUUUGCACCCCUAUAUAUAAAUAUAUACUUGUUUUGCACCAAGUACAUAAAAAAGUAAUGAGAUAAACGAUAGGAGUCUAGCUCAAAAAACAAACCUUUCAAGCUGGGAAGGAUGAUUUCGUAAUAAAUUUAGAGCUUUUCAAGCAUACGAAGAUACAUGCUAGCUUUAAGCAAUUGUGGCUCUUGUCGCUGCACCUGGAAUCGGCUUUAAUUAUUGCUAUUAACACUAGCCAUUCGGGUGAAAGAUGCUUAUAAAUUAUAAAAAGGAAAUUAUAGUUCAGAAA